CAUGUAUUACUCCCGAUAUUCUAGAUAAUGCAGGCACAACAGAGGGAACAAGAGGCGGAGCUCCGGGCCAAGGAAGUGGAGAGAGAGCUUCAGGAGGUACGCCAACAAGUACAGGACAUACAGCAAACACAAGAAGAAAAUCUAAGGAAACUGAUUCAGCAGUACGAGGAACAGAUUGACAAGAUAAAGCAAGAGAUGGAGGAGCAAUUUAAGGUUGAACGGAAGAUAAUUGAAGACCUCCGGAAAGCAGAGAUGAAGGAACAGGCAAAAAUUGCAAUGGACCGUCUCGAGAAAUUAAAAGCCGAGACGACGAAGAGGAUUGAGCAGAUGGAGAAGGAGCAAGCAGACUUGAUACAGAAGCAGAAGGAAUUAGAGAACAAGAGACGAAUUCUAUGGCCACUUUCAUCCAUUUUUACGAAAGAUGACGAUGGUGAGCAGUGCACCCUCCUGUAA